AGAUGACGCGCCUGUGCAAGGCGACACAGGUCACCGUGGUGAACGGGCAGCUCCCAGGGCCAACCAUUGAGAUCACAGAAGGAGACACGGUGACUGUUCAUGUCAUCAACAGGUCACCUUACAACAUGACAAUCCACUGAUAAAAUAGAGGAUAGUCUGGAGGAGUGAGCAUUCGGGUUACUCGACAUGUUCGGGUCGGGUAAUUUGAGGUUUCAAAAGUUCGGAUUGCUCAAAUCGCUACCCAAGAUGUACCAUGGGAGAACAGUACCUGAAGUUUCAGUACCCGAAAUGUCGGGUUCGGGUGUCAAGAAAAUUUGAGAGAGGAACGAGAACAAGAACCCGAUGAACAAGAACAAAUCCAAGAGAAAGGAAAAUUUGAGAAGAAAAAUUAGGAGAACAGGCAUGGAGUGAAGCAGUUUCGUAACUGCUGGGCUGAUGGGGUGCCAAUGCUCACCCAAUGCCCUAUCCUGCCGAACAAAAAUUUCACCUACCAGUUCAAUGUCGUUGGGCAGGAAGGCACCCUGUGGUGGCAUGCUCACGUCCCCGGACUACGGGCAACUGUCCAUGGCGCAUUCAUUAUUCGGCCAAGGCAUGGAGCUGAGUCAUAUCCAUUUCCUCAGCCUCAUAAGGAGAUCCCAGUUAUUAUAGGGGACUGGUGGGAGAAGGACCUUGCAGAGAUGGCCAGGAAUAUGACGAAGAGCAUCUUUCUGUCUUAUGCUAGUGCAUCCACAAUCAAUGGCUUGGUCGGAGAUCUCUUCAAUUGCUCAGGUGUUCCGAAAGAAGGCUAUGUUCUGGACGUGGAGCCUGGCAAGACCUACCUGCUACGAAUAAUCAAUGCGGGCCUCUUCUCUGAGUUCUAUCUCAAGAUUGCUGGGCACAAGUUCAUGGUGGUUGCUGCCGACGCGAACUACGUCAGCCCCUUCACUACAGAUGUGAUCGCAAUCGCAGCUGGCGAGACAGUGGAUGCGCUGUUGCUGGCCGAUGCACCCCCUGGCCGGUACUACAUGGUCGCCCUACCCAACCAGGCACCAUUGCCUGACACCCAGACUACGGAGUACACGACAAGGGGGAUGGUGCGGUAUAAGGUCAGCCACAGCGCCGGAAAUGGCACAACUAUACUGAGGUCGAGCCGGGGUGCAGAAGAAGAACAAGGAGGAUAUUCGUCAGGUGAUGCGCCGAUGGUUCCUAAGAUGCCUGAUAUACAUGACACAAUUACGUCGUUCUAUUUCCACAGCAACCUGACCAGCCUGCGCCACCAUGGGCACUCUCUGGUCCAGCAGAGAGUCGACGAGCGCCUGUACGUCGUGCUUAGCCUCGGCACCAUCUGCAAGAAAGGCCAGUUCUGUAAGAGGGGUGACAGUGACGAGAACCUCCUAGUGGCCACGAUGAACAAUGCUUCCUUCCAGCACCCCACAGCGAUACCGACACUACUAGAAGCACACUACUACCACACCGGCCUCAUCAAUGGCACGACACAAGAACUUCCGAAGAGGCCACCAUUAUUGUUCAACUUCACCGAUGAAGCCUUAAUCCCGUUUGGACCCAAAGAGAUGCGGCUAGAGCCGACUUACAAGGCGACAUUGGUCCGGCGGUUCCGACACGGCGCCGUGGUGGAGAUAGUCUUUCAGAGCACGGCGAUGCUACAGGGUGACUCCAAUCCAAUGCACCUACACGGGUACGACAUGUUGGUGCUUGCAGAAGGGCUUGGUAACUAUGAUCCGGUGAAGGACGUGGCAAGGUACAACCUAGUGAAUCCACCAGUGAAGAACACUGUGCUAGCCCCGAAUCGUGGGUGGAUCGCCGUCCGAUUUGUUGCUAAUAAUCCAGGUGUUUGGUUCAUGCACUGCCACUAUGAGUUUCAUCUUUCGAUGGGCAUGGCGGCAGUGUUCAUAGUAGAGAAUGGGCCAACAAUGGACACAUCUCUCCUUCCACCACCUGUGAACUUUCCAACUUGUAGCCAUGACAAUAGUCUCAUCCAAACUAUAUGAAAAGUGAAAUCUAGCUAAUAAAUGGAGCAAGUACAAAGAUAACUCCGACCACUUGUUUUAAAAUAUGUCAUUAUGAAUAAUGAAGGUGCGGUAUGAGAUAAAAUGUAUCCGUAUUAUUUAUGUUAACAAAUCGAACCUGGUUUGCAGCAGAUGAAUUAUCCUGCAUCUGUAUGAUUUGAACAUAUUACGAUUUACUUGUGGUUGAAUCA